CCCAGGUUCCCGACACAGACUACACCCAGGGAACAAAGACCAAGCGCCAUGUUGAAGCUGUCAUUGCCCCUGAGAUCCUUCUUUCUCCUGCAGCUACCUCUGCUGGGGGUGGGGCUGAACUCAACGGUCCUCAAGCCCAGUGGGAAUGAAGACAGCACAGCUGUUUCCUUCUCGACCUCGGAGACCCCUGGGUCUCUCAACAUUUCCACCCUGCCCCUCCCAGAGGUUCAGUGCUUUGUGUUCAAUGGCGAGUACAUGAAUUGCACUUGGAAUAGCAGCUCUGAGCCCCAGCCUACCAACCUGACUCUGCGAUAUGGGUACAAGAACUCUGAUAAUUAUAAAGUCCAGGAGUGUGGUCACUAUCUAUUCUCAAAAGAGCUCACUUCUGGCUGUUGGCUACAAGAAAACGAGAUCCGUCUCUAUGAAACAUUUGUUGUCCGGCUCCAGGACCCACGAGAACCCCGGAGGCAGAUGGAACAGAAGCUAAAACUACAGAAUUUGGUGAUUCCCUGGGCACCGGAGAAUCUAACACUUCGAAACCUGAGUGAAUCCCAGCUAGAACUGAGCUGGAAAAACAGAUACGCCUUGGACCGCUGUUUGCAGCAUUUGGUGCAGUAUCGGAGCGACUGGGAUAGCAGCUGGACAGAAUCCGUGGUUGUUUAUAACAAAAGCUGUGCUUAUCCCUGUUGGCUCCAUGGGAUUGAUUAUUAGCCUCUUCUUUGUGUAUUGCUGGCUAGAACGGACAAUGCCUCGAAUUCCCACCCUCAAGAACCUAGAGGAUCUGGUCACUGAAUACCAUGGGAACUUUUCGGCCUGGAGUGGUGUGUCUAAGGGACUGGCCGAGAGUCUGCAGCCAGACUACAGUGAACGGCUCUGCCACGUCAGUGAGAUUCCCCCAAAAGGAGAGGCCCAAGAGGGGCCUGGGGGCUCCUCCUGCAACCAGCCCUACAGGGCUUCCCCAUGUUACACCCUGAAGUCCAAAACCUGAGCCCCAGUUCCCUGACAGAAGCCCAGCAUCCUAUAGCCCUCGGUGUUGCUAACACCCUCUCAUCCACCCUUCUGAUAAAAUGCCCAAUGCGCAUUCCAUCCCCUGUGGCUAAUUUUGGAUUUGGUGCCCCAUGUAAUUGCCCCUUCGCUCAAUAUCCCCUAUUUGAGAAAUGCCCCUUUGCCCUGUACAUGUUUCUUAUCUCCCCGAGGCUGGCCCUUCCUGUUUACAGGAUUCUUUCUCCCUGUUUCAAUGAGAAAUAAAGUUUCUGUUCACAAUCA